AUGAGCUUCAUGCCCACUUUAGAAUCAAGGGAACAAGAGAUGUCAGUAAACCCAAGCUCCUUGGCAGCACAAGAGGCAUCUACCUCUUCCAAGGGCAUCUAUUCUGUGAGUGCUUUCAGGAGGCGCGCCAACCCCAGCCUCCUGUAUGUUCUUAUCCCUAAUCUGAGUGUCAUUCACAGCUUGUUUCUUUUGAUGAGCGAGUCUCUUGGUCAUCUUCUCUUGCCUAGCCAGAUGGACGGCUUCUGUAUACACAUGCUUUGGGCAUCACCUCACUCUACCCCAUCGAAUGGAGGUGAUGGAAUUCCUAAUCACAGCAAAACCCACCUCCCCCAGUCAGGUUGA